CAGGUUGGAUGAAGACGGACGGAGCUCAGCUCUCUCGCAGCUGGAUGGAGGUCGAAGGACGUUCACGCGCAGAUGUGAAUUGUCACCGAGCAUGUCACUCACAGCCGAAGCGCAGUGAUUGACUCGCGAACGAUGCAAUUGCGGCUGUCCACAUGACAGACGUUGGGAACAUUUAUUUUUCAUGAAAUAGUUCUUCAUCAGCGCGCGCCAGACCAGACACUUCUACGAUGGAGUCUAUAUUAGACACUUUGGCGGCUGAUAAACUCUAUCCGACUGGAGGCACCAACCUGUUGGACCUGGAAGAACUCAACGAAGGAGAUUUCCUCACCAAUGUGCCUUUCUCAGGUGACCAAAUGGACGACUUCAACAGUGAGUUAUUCAGCAGUUUCUUUGAAGACCACCUCUUAGAGCGCCCCCCGCUGGCAGACAGACAUCCUUUUCUCCACAUGGACAUAGACAGCAGCCCAGACAUCCAAGGGGAACACAGUUACUCUUUGAGUGAAGACUCCGCCCCCCAGAGCCCUGCCCUGUCAGUCAAGAUGGACCAAGACUCUGAAUUUGAAUGGACCUUCAGUCAGGAACUGUCGACCAUCUUGGUGAAACAGGAAGAGCCGGAUGUGGCUCAUGGGUCAGAUGCGCUGCCUGCUGAUAGCCCACCCUUCAUCCUAAGCCCCGCCCCUGCACGUAGAGGGGCACUAUGGAGACACACGGUCUGUCCUCCUGAUGAUGUUAAGCCAGUGACUAUAAAAGAUGAACCAAGCGAGAUGGGACAGUGCCCCUGCCGGCCCACUGACGACGGCCUGCAACUUCCCCCAACUCCACCCAGCAGUAACCAUGGUGACAGUGACGGCUCCCUGCCGCCCACCUCCCCACACCUGGCUCUGCCUCCGGCUUCCCCGCAGCCACAACAGAGGCCGACGGGCCGCGGUUCUGCCUCCUCAUCCACGGCCAUCUCGUCUUCACCGCUACUAACUGCGCCACAUAAACUGCAGGGUUCCGGACCCCUCUUGCUGACAGAGGAAGAGAAACGUACCCUUGUUGCUGAGGGAUACCCUGUACCCAACAAACUUCCUCUCACCAAAAGUGAAGAGAAGGCUUUGAAAAGAGUUAGACGGAAGAUCAAAAAUAAGAUCUCAGCUCAGGAGAGUCGGAGAAAGAAGAAAGAAUAUGUGGAAUGUCUGGAGAAAAAGGUUGAGAACUACACGUCAGAAAACGGUGACCUGUGGAGAAAAGUGGAAAACCUAGAGACAGCCAACAGAACUCUCCUGCAGCAGCUCCAAAAACUUCAAUCGCUUAUUUCGGGGAAAGUUAUCCCGCGCACUUGUAAAAUGGCCUCAACUCAAACAGGGACAUGCCUUAUGAUGAUGGCAUUGUGUUUUGUCCUGGUGUUGGGCUCCUUUUCUCCUUGCUUCUCCCCACUCUCCUUCAUCACUCACGCCUCUUCGUCCUCCCUACAUACCUCUUCACCUCCAUCUCACCAAGCAGAGGACCUAUACACCACCAGUCAGGUUCGCUCCCGCAGCCUACUCUUCUUCGACGAAGGGUCUCCACUGGAGGAUUCCCCUGCAACAUUACUAGUGGAGAGGCUCCGGUCACAACACCACAUUCAAACGAACCGCCACACAGCUGACGCCCAUAGGAACCAGACAAGAGGGCCAAAGUUGGACCACAGAGAAACUAAACCAAACGAUGGUUCAGAAUUCCUCUGACAGACAGCCUGAACCCCCCACUCCCCAACUCCAGCUGACUCUUCCCAGCGGCCCUCAACGCACCAUGGCACAUAUUAUAUAUAUAUAUAUACUGCAUAUAUAUCAAUAUGAAGAUUUCCCUUUGUUACAUGGAAUUAAUGAACUUCACGCAUGUCCCUCAUUCUGUAAGCGCACAUUGACCUCCACUGUGGGUUUCUACUUCAACCUGUACACGCCACUGACACCUUCAAUGUCGCUGCUAACAAAGUAGACGUGCUCAUGUGCGCCUAAACAGGGAGAGAUUCAAGUGCCUAACACUUGUAUUUGAAUCACUUGGCCUUAUCCAGAAAGACUCAGAAGUGCCAACUGAUACCCCUAUGUAUUCACCCCAAUUCUGUCCAGUUUGAUAGCCCACAAGACCAAAUAAUUUAUGUCAGUGAGAGCUAACUGCUCUACUAACUGCUAACUGGCAUCUAAUUGUGGAUUUCAGAGCUUUUUUACUUAACCAAUCUGAAUUCAGGCAUUCAUUUUGCACCCCAAAAAUUCUAGUCAUAUUUUCCUUUUGGAAAGUUCCAACAGGAGAGUGAAAAACAAGAGUAUUUUUAUGGAAUUUAAAAUGAUGUGUGUGUAUAUAUAGUUGCAGCAAAAAAAGUGCAUAGUUAAAUUAUGCAACAAAAAAUAUACGUAUUGUUUGAAAGUUGAGAGUAUACAGUUUUGCCUUUUCUAUAUAACAUUUCAAAAAAUACAAAAAUAACAAUAAUAUUGAUUCAUAAUAUAUUCCGAGCAUUCAAAAAGAGCAUAUUUAUUUAAUGCAACAAAAAAAAAAGUAAAGACGCGUUUAUCAUUCAGACCAUGUACAAAUUUAAAUAUUUCGAUGUUGGAGUAUAGUUCAUGUGUUGUUCCUUGGGCACCAACUCGGGGUUUGUGUCUUUUUGCUGUACUGUAAUUGUGUUUUGUUUCACUGUCGCCACACAAAAAUUAUUAAUUUUUAUUUUCAUUUUGUCAAAUAAGAGUCACUGUGCAAUCAGAGCAAACAAGGAACUUUGACUAAUUCACCACAAACUGCAUACAAAUUUGCCAUCAAAGUAAAAUAUGCUUGCGUGUAUGUAUUUAUUGCUGUUUGUAGAGCGUAAGCGUGUAUAUAUAAAUGGAAUUACAUUCCCAGAUGUGAAAUACCACUACUAUCUUCGAAAGAACGUUAGUCAAAACAUUUUCUUCACCCCAAUUCUGUACAUGUAAAAAAUUCUACAGAAUACAGGAUAUACAGUACAGACGAGUCCUUAGUUGUCCAUACAGAUGAUUUGUUUCUAUAUGCAUCUCAUUGAUUGUUAUAUUUGGUUUGAUUAACCCCCCCCCCCCCCCCCCCAAAAAAAACGCCAUUUUGUCAUGCUUGCCUUAACAAUGUCAAUGCAUUUGUGUACUUUCUACAUAAAAACGUAAAUAUGGAACUAGUUGUGUAUUGCAACAACACUGUUGCCUGUGGAAACAUGUCUCAAAGUCCUUUAAUGGGGAAAAAAAUAUUUAGAUUAAAGGUUCAGUCCCUUUUCACCAAUUCUGGAUAACAAUGAAACUAAAUUGUUUUGGGAAGGUUGAGAAUACCUAAGAAAAAUCAAGUUGUGUCCACAGAGGAUUGUUGUUAUUGUACAGUGUCUUGCAUGUUCCUCCAUUUAUGCCUAUGUUAAAGUAGUAUAGUCAAUAGAGUAGCACCCAGCAAAAUAUUAAAAAUCUGCAUCAGCAUCACAGUCUCUUGAUUUUCUUGCUUUGAAUAGAACUCUAGCCAAUGUGAGCGCCACGUGUGCAUUAAAAUUGU